AUGGCCAUGCGCGCCAAAACCACCCCCGACGACCGCUGCAGCAGCGAGGAAGAAACCCCAACCUCGGGCCUCCUCCACCCAGCCAGCUGGCCGCUCCAGCGCGUGGCCAUCAAGGACCUCCUCACCGACCCGCAGUACAGAACCCAGCCCUACAUCACCAUCUUCGGCAACAGCAUGCAGGGCGGCUCGCACCUCGACUAUCUGGGCCGGGCCUUCCGCGAGGACGGCCACCACCAGGAUGUGCCCUACCACGCCGACGAUGAGGACCAGCCCCUCUGCGCGAUGCAGGCGGCGCACGACCGCGCCUUCCAGGCCAGCGACCAUGACCUCCUGGCCAAGUGUCUCCUGGCCGAUCACACGCAAUUCCCGUUCGAGGCGCCGCCGCGCCCGGACCAGCACCCCGGCACCGUGGAGGGGGUCGCGCGCGUGAGCCACGCCAUCGAGGCCCUGCGCGACCGCUACGCCGCGCAGGUCAACGAGCUCGGCGGCGGGCCGGUCAACAUCGACGUCUACUGCUGGGAGCAUGUUUUUGCCGAGACCCCUGCAAGGGUGGCUGCGGAGGUGCAGGCCAAGGUUGCGGCGGGGGAUUUGAAUCUUUUCUUUUGA